GUGAACAAUUCGGUCGGUCGGUCGGACGGUCAAAGCAGGCGGUGAUCCAAAGUGCGUUUCAAAAAAGGCAUUCACGCGAAAAAGCGGAUAAAAAAUAACGGAAAAGUGAUUGGUGAAGCGACGCGUGCCGAAAAGCAGUCGGGGAAAUUGGAAGUGGUGCUGCAAAAAAAAAAAUAAAUAAUAAAAUUGAUCCGGUGAAGAUAACAGGAAGAAAAAAAUUGAUCUGUGGACGGAAAUAUUUCCGCUUGGUUUGCUCCAGACUGAUUUAUUUUUUCAUUUUGUUAGCAUUCGGCUGGUAGUUGAGAAAUUUCGAUUUAUAUUUUUUAUAAAAUAUUGAUAAACGUAGAAAAAUUUGAAAUAUUUAUUAUCUUGCAACCAUUCAUUGGCAUGUGAACACUUCGAAAAAUUCAAUGAGCGCUUGAAAGGUGUUUGCAGUGAUAAGCCGAACAAAGUAAAUGAUUCAUGAUGGCUGUAAAUUAACGUGCGACGAAUCCAUUGCUAGAUAUAUUCGAAACCAGAGAAUAUUUUUCGGAUCAUACACAGAAUCCAAUUGCAGUACUAAACAAAUAACUGAAAAACAGCGUAAGGAAGCCAAACACGUCCGUUCCGGUAGAGAAACUGUGAGCAGUGAGUGCAAAUAAAGCGUUCAAAAAAAAAAAUAAAACUAGGACGCGAUUCCACCGGCAACGUUCCGGCAAACGGAAGGAGACGGACUCGACCACGACAGAACGGGAAACAAUUUUUUUUCGAAAAAGAGCUAAAAACGAUUUCCUCUGCGGAUGAAGGAAUAUGGUCAGACAUCGGGAAGGAACAAUGAUCAUCCUACUAUUCGUCCAGCUCGCGUUGAUUAGCCAGAUUCGCAGCUCGCCAGCUGGCGAUUGGGAGGAACCAUGGUUUGAUUCGAACGAUCCGGAAAAAAUUAUCAUCGAUGACUACAAGGAGCAGACGGGUGAAAUAAAGAUACAGAUGUGGGAGGAAAUAGAAACUCCGUAUGAGAUGGUUAAGCUCAACUUCCUGGGUAACUCGAUCCAUCUGGAAAAUCCGCCUACUCAUUUAGGGGCCCAAAUUGAGAAAAAGGAUGACAAUAAGUGGUAUAUUAUCAUCAACAAUCGACAGGAUUAUGAGCAAAAUCAUAACUCAGCCUUUUUGACACUGAUAAUGAAUGAAGAUAAAACUAAACCGUUAUACGUUUGGAUUGACUUGAUCAAUAUUCUGGAUAAUGCUCCUGUCAUGUCCAUCGAAGGUCCCUGCGAGGUGGACGAACUGAAAGCUGACUUUCUUUCCGACUGCCACUAUACAGUGAGACACGAAGACGGUUUUUGGAAGGACAAUAUUGAAGGUCAAUAUACGAACCGGCUGGACUUUGAACUUCCGGAAAAAGAAGCUGAAUUUUUUGGUAUGACAGAAUCAGAACAACUAGAUGACUACAGCAAGCGCUUCACUCUAGGAGUAAAGAAAGCGUUGGACUACACACAACGGGCCGUGUUCAGUUUUCCCACUACAGUCUACGAUUUCAACCGAACUCAUGCCACAACAACGAACCUCGUCGUGCAGGUUGUAAACGUUGAAAGCCGAGCACCGAUCUUCACCCGUCCGUUCACGACACAGCGAAUACUGGAGAAAGAGGAAUUCCGGACAACGGUCACAGCCAUCGACGGAGACACGGGACUCAAUCGGCCGAUUUGCUACGAACUUCAAACGGAUGACGCAAAAUAUGAUAAAUAUUUUGAUAUCCACACGGAAACUGGACUUCUGACAGUAGCUGCGAUCAACCGGGAUGCGGAGAAGAACGAACUUUACCUGUUUACGAUCACCGCUUUCAAGUGUCACAAUAAAACCUUCCAGACGUCCAACGAGGCAGCUAUCAUUCUGGACGAUGUAAAUGAUAACGUACCGUUGUUCUAUGUUAGCCCAACAUCGAUGACAUUUUGGGAGCAUACACUGAUGGAACUUCCGUUCGAACGGUUCAACAUCGAAGACAUUGAUUUGGGAAUUCACGCAACCUACAACGUGGCGUUGCACGAAAAACUCUCCGAUCAAGAUCAGCAGAGUACAGAAUCAUUCAGUAUCGUUCCGAACAGUGGCUAUCAGCUGGCCAACUUCACGAUCACCAUCGUCAACACCGACGAUCUGGAUUACGAACUGCCGGAACGGCAACGUUUUCAGUUGAUUGUAACUGCGACGGAGGUGGCAGACGAGACCCAUACAACCCAGCAGAUUGUAGAUAUUGCUCUUAGAAACUGGAACGACGAGAUUCCCGUGUUCGAUCAAGAGACGUACGAAGUUACGAUCAACGAAACCGACGGAAAGGGUCAUCAUCUGGUUACUGUACACAUCACCGAUCGGGACGUUGAUGACAGCGUGAACCUCACCAUAGUUGGGCGAAUGCAGAAUGAUCUAACCGUCACAGAACUAUCGGCCGCUAGUGAAGAAGCGCCCACGUUGCCCACGUUUAGCUUCGAGAUCCGAAUCGGUCGUGAUGAGGUUUUCGACUAUGACAUCGCCCCCGAAGUGUUGGUUCAACUGCAAGCAAAAGAUACGCUACAGACGGAUAAAAAUGAACCUCUCCAUCAAGUAUUCGCCCAGCUGGUGAUCACCGUUCUGGAUGUCAAUAACAAACCACCGUCGAUUAGUGUACCCCGUGGAAGAAUACACAUCGAGGAGAAUUCUGCUCCGAAUACGCCGGCCAUUAUAGGCGACGGGAUUGCGGAAAUUAUCGGAACUGAUCCGGACUCGACGGCGGAUCUUGAGUUCAGUAUCGAUUGGCAGAGCAGUUACGCGGUGAAAGGUGGUUCGCAGGUUUCGUCGGAUGUGUUCGAGGCGUGUUUGAUAAUUGACGUAGACGCGAGAGAUUCGAGACGUGUAAUCGGAAUGAUUCGAGUAAAUCCAGCCCUGGAUCAGGCCGAGAUAAAUAAUAGGUUAGACUACGAGAAAUACGAAACCUUGUUCCUUACGAUAAAGUUGGUGGACUUGGAACAAGUUGUUCCACCGGGCGAAACCGAAGCGAUCGUUGUUCUCCAGAUAGAUGAUGUCAACGAUAACGCACCGGAGUUUGUUGGCAACACACUGUCGAUCGAGCGUUCCGUCUUGGAAGAAGCCGAAUCGGGAACGUUUGUGGGUAACAUAAUUGCCAUAGAUAUUGAUGGCCCUUUGCAUAACAAAAUCACCUACUCGCUAGCUUCGCAGAAGCCAGAACACAACGGUUUGUUUUCGAUAGAUUCAUUCGGGUCACUUCAGGUAGACGCAUCCAAGCAGAUCAACUGUGACGUCCCAAUCACGUACUUUAUUCCACUGGAGAUAACCCUUAGUGAUGGAACAUUCGAAACGAAGGGAGAGAUCAGAAUCGACAUCACCGACACAAACAAUCGAGUUCCUUAUUUCAAGGAUUUUCCCGAUCAGAUUGAAGUGUUCGAAAAAUCCCCAUCCGGAACGGAAAUCAAUCGUCUCGGUGUGAUUGAUCUGGACCGGGAUGAACCGUACCAUACCGUAUCGUUCGAGUUUGACUACAGCACCGAUUUGCAGAGUUACUUCGCCAUAAGUCUCCUCCAGGAGGAAACGGGUUCGGACGAACGCCCACUACAAGUGGGACUGGUUACGGUGAAGGAAAACAAUCGUGAGCUGGAUCGGGAUGGAGGUCCCGAUAGGUUCACCAUUAGAUUGAAAGUUCAGGACAAUCCAUUCAGCUCGGGUCGGAAGAAUGCGAACGAAACGCAGUUCACGUUGAUCCUGCUAGACAUAAAUGACCAGAAGCCGGUGAUGCCUCUUUUGGAGGAACUGAAACUAAGCGAAGAUGCCGCAAUGGGAAUACCGGUAGUGGAACGGUUUGAGGCAACGGAUCGGGAUGAUCGAAAUACACCGAAUGCCAAGAUUCAGUACAGUCUGAAACGGAUCUGGCCGGAAAUCUGUAAGGAGAACUUGCGUAAACUGAUCGUCCUGUAA